ACAUUUUCUUGCACAAACACGGCAAAAAUAUCACUGCCUCUCCUCCUCCUCCUCCUCCUCCUACGACGCGACGACGGCGACCAACCCACAACACCAACCUCAUAUAACUUCUUAUCUUUGCUUGCUUUUGCUGUCGGGCCUGUUUUGAGGGGGUGUCUGUAAUGGAGGACUUUCUGGGGUUGGAAUGGCAGGAAAAUCCACGAGCUGGGAAGAAGAAGAAGAAAGAGAGUGCGUCACGCAUCAAUUCAGUGGAGCAAGCCAGACGGUGGAAACAGGUCACAAACCGGACUCCCCAACAAAUGACUCUUGAAGCAGCUCAACUCCAGCUUGUGGGUCAUGAUCGUCCCCUAUUUUUGCCCACAUCCAACCCUUACGCCUUUGAUUUCAACCGCAAGCCCCCACCUUUCCUCGAGGGAAACCAUGAUGCAGCGUUGAAGUUCCCUUUUCCCAAAGAAGUCCAUGGUCCAGCUCUUGGUGGGAUUUCAUCUGUGGAACCGCCCUUCAUUUCUCAUACUCAGACCACAGAUGUAUUGGCCAAAGGCUCCCUAGCUCAGACACCUGAAAUCAGGAGUGAAGCAAUGUCGUCACAAAGACCCGCACAGCUCACCAUCUUUUACGGAGAUGGUGUUUAUAUGUACAGUGAUAUCACUCCCCAGAAGGCUGAGCUCAUAAUGUCUAUGGCAAAAGACCAGCCGACCACAUCGUCCGCAAGCCGAGCACGACAACAUCUUGAAGUUGCUGACAACAUUCAUCGUCCCCGUGCAAUGUACCCACGAGGCACUGUGCCUCAAGCUCGCCGAGCAACCUUGGUGCGAUUCUUGGAGAAGCGCAAAGACAGAUUGAGCAGUGACAUUUACGAUCUCAUAAAGAAAUCAUCCGAGAGCUCAAUCUUCCGCCCUGAGGAGCUGAAUUAGAGCAGCUGAACUGCACAAAUUAACCUUUUCUUGUUUGUUUAGUCAUCUUCUUUCAGUUAAUUACCCAUUAAUCUCUGGCUAUUACCUGGCACGUUACGAGACCGGUAAUGCCUUCACAAUUUCUACAUCGUUAAGUAGCUUUUGAUAAUUCGAUGGAAAAACUGGUUACACCUACCAAUGUCUUUCAUGG